UAGAUAUAUAGAUCUAUGAAUGACUAGCUAUGCAAAUAAAUCAAAACACACUAACAGCCUAAAGCCUUAAACGGUUAUAUAGAAAGAGGUCUACAAUGAUGACUGUGAAAUCAACUUAAUUGACACUAUGCACAAAUCUAUUUGGGACAUCAGUCAGGAAUGGUGGAAAACUGUGACGCUGAAGGUGAAGAAUGCUAUUGUCUUUAUGGACUCCAACAUGGCUGAACUACUGCACUGGAGUGGGGGCAUUGAACAUUUACUGUCAGCAGAUGUAGUGGACAUUAGAGAGUUCUCUUCCUUUGAGGCAGCAGGAGAGUCCUACAAGAAAGGAGUAUUCAUUGUCAGCUCUGCCUUGACAGAUGUCACCUCAGAAAUUUUAUGUGAUAUUAUCUCACACAGUCACUUCCAGUAUGUUCUCAUUUUCACAACCACUAGUCCUCUCUUGCACUCAUCAAGUGGGGAGUCUGACAGUGACACAGUGUUUGAAGAGAUGGAGGAGAAAGUCUUGGAAUGGUUGGGGAACAUGAAUUACACUGUCGAGAUAACCCAUAUUCCAAUGUUUGCUGCUGAAGUCUGCCCUGGUAUGUUCAUCACCCCCACAUUCUCCAAGUUAUUUCCCAUUAUGGCAUCUGAUGUGAAGCAAAUAGUGUACCAAUAUAGGAGCUCUCAUCAUUUGAAGGAUACCAAACAAAUCGAACGUUUGAAAGAUAUUGAAUUCAUACACCUACCAAAUAGUCUUCAGAAGCAAAUUAAGAUGUUUGCUAGUGGUCUCCAUGCCAUGCUCCAGUGUCUGGAUGUCAGGGAGGAUGUUUAUUCAAUUGGCCACAUGAGUCACCUGGUAGCCACUGAGCUAGAUGUGUAUCCUCCAGCAAGGGCCAGAAGGAAGUCAGUUCAAAACAGAGCCUCUCUUGUUCUUAUUGACCGAACAUUGGAUGUAGCAUCAGCUGUUACGUACCAGGUAGACAGCCUGUUGGAUAAAAUGAUGAAUACAUUAUCUCAAUUGCCUGGUCAUAGCAGUGACAGAACAGUGAACUUACAGUGUCUGUCCCAUGUCUGCAGCUCUUCACUACCUGUACUACUUCCAGGAAGUCUGGCUCCUACACAUUGUUUAGCUCAACCAACUCAUCUCAUACCAUUGGUCAUGAAGAAACAAAAGGAAGCCAUCAUGGAUGUUAAUCGUAAGUUGGUUGAAACAGCUUCAGCAGAAAAGCUUCCUUUAAAUUUAGCAGGUAGACCUGGUCGUGUCACAGCUGAACAGAUAGAGUCGACAGUAACAUUGUUUAAGGGCAAGUACUCUCUGAUCAAAAAGCAUUUAGAUUUACUUCAAACCUCUCUAGCCACCAGCCAGUGUAUGAAGCACCCAUCUGCAGGUCAGCAUGACAUGAUGGUGAUGACAGAGAAGAACUUGAUGCAAACCAUUGCUGACAAUGAUGAGUCAGCACCAAGUGCCACUGCCAUUCUGUCUAAGCUGAUGUUACAGGAGAUGCAGAAGUCUAGAAUGGAUGAGAAAGCUCUCACUUUGGAUGAUAUGUUAUGUUUAAUCACCUACAUGUACUCAAUCAUGGAGGAAAGUGACGAAGAUGAGAAUGAGGAAACAUUACUCAGGGAAAAAUUUAUUGAAUGGAUUCUUCAAGAAAGUGAAAAUCUGUCCCCACUAGUCAAACAGAUUGUUGGUGAGAAAGUCACAGAGAGUAUAGUCACUGACCAGAUAGAAAAUGUUUGGCAGAGACUGGAAGAUAUUAGAACUGUCAGAGAUGAGCUUCAACAUUUCAGAUCAGUGCUUGAUCCAGGAGAUGCCAUGACCCCAGCAAGUGUGAAAUCAUUGCUCAGACUUGUGAUAGAGAAAAUUGUUGACCCUGCUAAACCUGACCUGCCUGAUAUUGAAUGUAAAUCUGGAGGUUUCAAAGAUCUUUUGAAAUCUGGUUUUGGAUUUUUCAAAAGUUCUGGAAAACCUCGGCCUGGUGAUUCACCGUUGUUGAUCUUGUUUGUGAUUGGCGGAUUGACUGCCAGUGAAGUGAAACAAAUCAGGGAUGUGAUUGACAAGGCCAAACCUUCCUUUGAGGUGCUGAUUGGUUCUACAAGACUUUCCAGCAUUUCUUCUUGCCUAGAAUCUAUUUUUAUCUCAGACAAUGUCAACACUUUUGACCAAUGAGAUUGUGAUUGUAUCUAAAUAUAGAAUGUUAAUAAAUUUAUAUUUCUCAGA